AUGCCAGAAGAACAAGCGUUUUGCACUCUUGUCAAAAUAAUGUUUGAUUAUGGCUUGCGCGAUUUAUUCAAGCUUGGACUGGACGUCUUGCAUCUCCGAUUUUAUCAACUUCAAAGGCUUACGGAGGAUUAUGUGCCUGAUUUGUUCACUCAUUUUUACGACAUUGGCGUGGAAACACAUAUGUACGCAUCUCAAUGGUUCUUAACCUUGUUUACUGCUAAAUUUCCAUUACAAAUGGUAUUUUUCAUCGUCGAUCUGUUUUUAAGCGAGGGAAUCAAUACGAUUUUUCACAUAUCGCUGGCUUUAUUAAGGGCAUCGAAAAAAGAAUUAAUGCAAUUAGAUUUUGAAGGUGCUUUAAAAUAUUUUCGUGUUAUUUUACCUAGAAAAUAUCGAACUGAAGCAAAUGCAAAGGAACUGAUUCAUCAAGCGGUGAAAUUAAAGAUUAGUCAUAAACGAUUGUCGAAAUAUGAAAAAGAAUAUUAUUCAUUAAAGGAGCGCGAAUUGGAGUCGCAAGAUCCGUUAGAAAGACUCGAACGUGAAAAUCUCCGUUUGAAAGAAACUAUAUUGCGACUUGAAAGAGAAAAUGACGAUUUAGCUCAUGAAUUAGUAACCAGUAAAAUCGAAUUGAGGAAGAAUCUUGAUACUGCUGAAGAUAGCGUGGAAAGCUUACAAGCUCAAUUGGAACAUUGCUCACGUGCAGCAAAAGAUUUAGAGGAAGAGAAUAAGAAUUUGUGUGCAGAAUACGAACAAAUUAAAGAAAUGUGCCGUCGUGAAGUUCAGAGAUUAGAAUCGGAUUUAGUUCGUUCACAAGGCAUUAUUAAAAAUUACAAACAAAUUUGUUCUGAUCUUAGCCGUCGCAUUGAUAAUCAGCAAGGAGUUUUCAAGGAAGAGAAAAAACGUAUUGCAAUGAAAAUUUCUCAAUGUGGACGAUGCGCUGAAAUUUUGACGGAAUUUAAGGAUCUGACAGGAAGUCCUGCUAAAAAUGUUUCACCAGUUGCUGAAAAUGGUUGCGGUUUUAAAGUGAUGGAACUUAUGGAUAAAUUAGAAGAACGCGAGAAACAUAUCCGACACCUUGAGCUGGAAUUAGCUCAGCGAAAGCUAGAACUUGUAGAAGCACAAUGUCGUAAUCAAGAUCUCAGUCAUCAGAUGAAUUCCACUGUCACUGAUAAUAAUGAUAACAAUAGGCACGGUGCAUGGCUUAAAAAAACGCUGUCUUCCAUAAAAGAAGUUGGUACGUCUUUAAAAUGA